GGCGGGGCAGAGCGGAGCCCGGACCCAGCGUUACGGACCCGCGCGCUAGCUCUCCGUGCUUAGCGCCAGCACCCCCCCGCCCCGCACAGCUGAGGACCGACUCUGGGGAAAUCGACGCCUGGGGGCUGCUCGCCAGGCUGGCUGACCCGGGCUCGCGGGUCCUCGGGGGCGCGCGCGCCUGGACGCCGCCGAGGAUGCUGCUGCUCCUGCAGCUGUGGCGUCUAGUGCCGGAGAGCGCGGCAGAGAGCCCCUGGGGGUUGCCCGUGGUGGCCGAUGGCCCAGCUUCCUUAGCGAAGAUGGUGAUGGCAGAACUAACCAACCUGAAGUUAGAAAACAAGCCAUGGCCUGGAGGGACACACUCUCUCCACUACCACUACCUGGCCCUAUCAGAGCCAGGCCCGGACCUUCCCCAGUUUCUGGCUGUAGGCUAUGUGGAUGACCAGCCCUUCAUCCAUUAUGACAGUCGUGUGGACAGGGCCAAGCCCCAGGCCCCAUGGAUGGCAACUGUUGACGCCCAGUACUGGGAGACAGAGACUCAGAAGCAGAGAGCCUGGGCAAAGGUGCAGCUGGUGGAGACGUGGACCGUGAUGGGCUACCACAACCAGAGCACUGGCAUGCACAGCACCCAGCGGAUGUUCGGCUGUGAGAUCCGGGAGGACGGCCACACCCACAGCUUCUGGCAGUUCGGCUUUGAUGGGCAGGACCACCUGUCACUGGACCUGGAGACUCUGAACUGGGUGUCAGCCAAACCUGCAGCCAUGCGGACCAAGAGCUGGUGGGAGACAGAGCGCUGCUACGCUGAGUACGACAAGGCCUACCUGGAAGGCCUCUGCCUCGUUUCCCUGCGCAGGUACCUGGAGCUGGGCGGCCAGAGCCUCACCCGGAAAGAGCCACCCACGGUGCAGGUGACAAGACACACAGACCCGGAUGGCUGCAUCACACUGAAAUGCUGGGCCUGGGGCUUCUACCCAUGGGACAUCUCAUUGAGCUGGUGGCUGGGUGAGGAGGAGCUGGUGCUAGAGACUGAGUAUGUGGAGACACGCCCCAGUGGAGAUGGCACCUACCAGACGUGGGCGGCUGUGCAGGUGCCAGCCAGGACAGAGGACCAGUACACUUGCCAUGUGCAGCACUCUGGCCUGAACCACACACUCACGGUGACCUGGGAAGCACCCCCUCGUCAGUGGAUAACCAGUGCUGUGGUUAUCCCCAUGUUGAUCUUUCUCUUGCUGACGGCUGGAGUGCUGAUCUUCAUCAAGCAGUACUCUCAAGCCAGGAAUCAGGAAUCUUGCAAAGGAGCCCCAGGUGGAGAGGACCCUCCAGUGAGCCCAGUGAGAGUGGAGGCUGCUCAGCUGCUCUGCUGACACACAUUCCACAGUCAGGUCAAGGAGGUGUUUGUGGGGUGUGUGGGGGCCUCCAGGGCGCUAGCUGGCUGGCCGCAGUGACCCCACUGUGAAGGGCCCACCCCACCCCAAAACGGAGCCCUCUGUGGCCCCGUCAGUCUCCCUCCAAGCAGUUUGUGCCACUAAGAUCACUUUCUUCAUCUUCUUGAAGUUCUUUUCCAAGUCUGUCUCCUGUCCGAGGAGGACAGGAGUAAUUCCUUGGAUGGGCUCUCACUGGACAGUUAGCAAGCAGAAUGCUUUCCUGUUUUUUUCAUUUUGUUUUUAAAAAUUUUGUUUUAAAGAUUUUAUUUAUUUGACAGAGAGACAUCAUAAGCAGGCAGAGAGGCAGGCAGGGAGACAGGGGGAAGCAGGCUCCCCGCCGAGCAGAGAGCCUGAUGCGGGGCUCGAUCCCAGGACCCCGAGAUCAUGACCGGAGCCCAAGGCAGAGGCUCAACCCACUGAGCCACCCAGGUGCCCCAGAAUGCUUUCCUGUUAAGUGUAAAUCCCGCUUGAGUCUCUCGGGCUGUCUCUGAGUUGGGCAAUGUGAUUCUCACCGCCACUUCCCCAGCAUGAAAACUGAGGCUCUGGGCAGUUAGGGAAGAAGCAGAACGCUGAUCCAGGAGUUAAGGGAGCAGCAUCCUGACCCUACCUGCAGGCAUCUGGAUGCAAUGGCCAAAUGCCUGCCUCUCUGUGAAGUGUGUUCUUGCGUGAAUGUGUAUUUUCUUUUGUAAAGAUGAUUAAAGUGUUGGGGUCUGUGAGGGUGUGUGGUUGUGGGGGCAUGAGUGGGAGGGGGUCCAUGAUGUACAUGCAGGUGUGUAGGGGGUGAGGGUGUAUGAGGAGGGGUGUGGUGUGAGGGUGUGUGUGUGGGGGGGUGUCUUUAUGUAGCUGAGGACAAGUGCAGAGGGACAGACAGCUGCCCAGGGGCCUGUUAGCCGAGGGCAGCUGGAGGAUCAGAAACAUUAUGGUCAGUAUUUUCCAUCCUGUCCUUUUGAAUGGUUUGAAGUUUUACAAUAAGGGACAGAGGAGCUCCACGUUGUCCCGUGGAAAUGCUUGUUGAGAUUCUUGUUAAGGGUGUGUCUAGGGAAGGUCCAGCUCCGCCUCCAAUGUUCAGUGGAGCAGAAACCCCGUCUCUCCUUUGUGAACAAGAAUCUCCUGGGGAGCACACAUUCUUGUUUACUCAGGAAGCAGUUCCGGUCUCUUCCACCUGAUGUGCAGGGGGAGGGGACUCGAGAGCCACAGCACCAGGACCACUGCACUGUCAUAAAGGACACAAGGUUGGGCCCCCUCCACCUCUCUGGAGGACCCCAAGGUAUGACAGACCCUCUUCUGGGACUUCUGAAACCUUCAUGUCUGCUGCCCUGGGAGGCCUCAGGCCCAAGGAUAUUGAAGAUCUGUGAUACUUAGAAAAGAUCCAUCUGCCCUGGUGGCCUGAAGGGCCUUAGCAGGGAGCUCUGAACCAUCCGAAUGUACAGAAAUUGUUGUCUUACAUGUCUGUCUGCCUGUCUCCGUGAUGCCAUCCAUGCGUACAAAGCAGGGUUCUGAGCACUUCACAGGUGCUAAGCUGUUCAAUCCUCAUGGCACGCCUGUGAGGGAGAAUUAAUAAAUCCAUGCUACAGGAGAGGAAAGGGAAGCUCAGGGUCCUAUGGCUGAAAUGGGCGUGUUUAAGUCCAGCUCUGCAAUCCCUUAUCUGCAGUUCUGAAAUCCAAAACCCAAAGAAGUUUCUUCCUCAGCAUCCAGACCCAACGUGCAGUGAAAUGAGGCAAUCUGUGGGCCAGUGUGGCCUUUUCACAGUUUUCCACCGAUGUACUGAUGUCUGAUUACUGUGUGUCGUGCCAGACAACCUCUGGAGAUGUUAUGUGAGGCUCAGCAUCUGUGCCUUGGCACUUUCUAAAACCCAAGGAAUUCUGAAUUCUUAAAUAUAUCUGGCCCGAGGGGUUUCAGAUAAGGGCUUGUGGACCUGUAUUAAUAAGGUUUUGUGGUAAUAAAGGUUUUAUUUUUA